AUGUCCUCGUCUUCAACCUCCAGCACCCCGAGCAUGUCCGCCUCCUCCUCUUAUAUCAUCCCGGACAUACCAGAUUCCUCGGCCUCCUCCCGUCGCCGGAGUUCCACGUCUUCCGACGACGAAAACGACGACGACGUAGAUUCGCUCCCCUCAAUCUCGAGUAGUAUCCUAGACUCAGAUUCGACGUCGGAUGCGCAGCGGGAGUGGGAAGAGAGUUUGGAGCAGCUGCAAUUGCUGCUGACAAUGAUCAUCAUGCCGUUUGCGGGCAAGUUUCUGGGGAGGAAGUUCGCGUAUUGGAGUUGGGCGAGAUACAUGGAAUGGAUGCACAACGUCGAAAUCCGGUGGACGAGCAAGAAGACGUUCAACGCCGUUGGCGCGGCCGAGGUUGCGUCCUCAUUAUGA